AUGGAAGAGGCAAACCAGUCCAUUGUGACCGAAUUUGUCUUGCUGGGGCUGUCAGAUCAGCCAAGAAUGGAGAAAACAUUCUUUGUGCUCAUCCUGCUGAUGUACCUGGUGAUCCUGCUGGGCAAUGGCAUCCUCAUCCUGGUGACCUUCCUUGACUCCAACCUGCACACGCCCAUGUACUUCUUCCUGGGGAACCUCUCCUUCUUGGACAUCUGCUAUACAACGUCUUCCAUUCCUCUGGUCCUGGAUGGUUUUCUCACUCCCAGGAAAACCAUUUCUUUCUCAGGCUGUGCUGUGCAGAUGUUUCUCUCCUUUGCCAUGGGGGCCACAGAGUGUGUGCUCCUGGGCAUGAUGGCCUUUGAUCGCUAUGUGGCCAUCUGCAACCCUCUUAGAUACCCCGUGGUCAUGAGUAAGGCUGCCUAUGUGCCCAUGGCCAUCAGCUCCUGGGUGGCUGGUGGAGUCAAUUCCUUGGUGCAGAUCUCUCUUGCAGUACAAUUGCCCUUCUGUGGGGACAACAUCAUUAAUCAUUUCACCUGUGAGAUCCUGGCAGUUCUAAAGUUGGCCUGUGCUGACAUCUCGAUCAAUGUGAUCAGCAUGGGGGUGGCCAAUGUGAUCUUCCUGGGGGUCCCGGUUCUGUUCAUCUUUGUCUCCUACAUCUUCAUACUCACCACCAUCCUGAGGAUCCCCUCAGCUGAGGGACGGCGAAAGGCCUUCUCCACCUGCUCUGCUCAUCUUACUGUGGUGGUCAUUUUUUAUGGGACUAUUCUUUUCAUGUAUGCAAAACCCAAAUCAAAGGACCCAUUGCGGGCAGACAAGCAGGAUGUUUCAGACAAACUCAUCUCCCUAUUUUAUGGAGUGUUGACCCCCAUGCUGAAUCCCAUCAUCUACAGCCUCAGAAACAAGGAUGUAAAAGUUGCUGUGAAGAAACUGGUGAGUCAGGAAUGCUUCACUCAGUGA